AUGGCGACGGUGAUGAGGAGAUCAGUAACAGCGCUUAGCCUGAUCCAGAGCUCCCUCGCGCCAAGCUCGAGGCUGGGACGCUGCCGAAUCCGUCGCGCUAUGUGCUCCGGCGCGUGGCAGGAGGGGGAAUCCGAGGCGGCGGUGCGCGACGUCGUGUGCUUCGGCUCCGGGAGCCUGGACGAGGUGGGAAGCAGGCUGGAUCGCCUGAACCUGGCCAUAUCGCCGGCCCUGGUCAGGCGGGUGAUCGAUUCUUGUAGCGAGAGGAGUGAUUCAGGCAGGAGGCUGCUGCGGUUCCUAUCGUGGUGCCGCUCUAAGGACCUCGCCGGAUUGGGGGAUGAGGAGCACGACAGGGCGAUUGCGGUGCUUGCCCGGAUGGGUGACCUCACCGCUAUGAAAAUUGCUGUCGGAGAUGGGGAGAAGGAUGGCCGUAGGAUGGCUCCGGAGACGUUCACCGCUGUGGUCGAGGCUCUUGUCAAGGCAGGGAAGGAGGAUGAGGCUGUUAGGUUGUUCAGAGGCUUGGAGAGGCAGAAAUUGCUGCCUCAGCAAGGCCCGGGUGCUGGAGGGGAAGGCAUAUGGUGCAGCAGCCUUGCCAUGGUCCAGACAUUGUGCAUGAAGGGCUAUGCUCGUGAGGCGCAGGGUGUUGUGUGGCACCAUAAGAGCAAACUCUCAGCGGAGCCCAUGGUCAGCAUCGUUCAGCGUAGCCUCCUCCAUGGAUGGUGCGUCCAUGGAAAUGCUAAGGAAGCUCGGAGAGUCCUUGAUGAUAUCAAGUCCUCAGGCUGCCCAUUGGGAUUGCCGUCGUUCAACGACUUUCUAAACUGCGUGUGCAAUAGAAACCUCAAGUUUAAUCCUUCUGCGCUUGUUUCUGAGGCCAUGGAUAUCUUAACUGAGAUGAGGUCCUAUGGUGUCACCCCUGAUUCAUCCAGCUUCAACAUCUUACUGUCUUGUUUGGGACGAGCAAGAAGAGUGAAAGAAGCAUACAGAAUCCUCUAUUUGAUGAGGGAAGGAGAAGAAGGGUGCUCACCUGACUGGGUUAGCUACUAUCUUGUAGUUAAGGUCCUCUAUUUGACCGAUAGAAUUAUCAGAGGAAAAAGGCUUGUAGAAGAUAUGCUUGAAAGUGGGGUGCUUCCGACAGCAAAGUUUUUCCAUGACCUCAUUGGCAUCCUUUGUGGGACAGAGAAAGUUGAUCAUGCUCUUGACAUGUUCAGAAUUAUGAAAAGUUGUGAGUUAGCGGACACUCAUACAUAUGAUCUGCUUAUAGAAAAGCUUUCUAGGAACGGUAGGUUCGAGGUUGCAAAGGAGUUAUGGGAUGAUGCUACUAAGAAUGGCAUUGUGUUAGGGUGCUCAUCGGAUCUGUUGGAUCCCUUGAAGACAGAAGAGCAACAACAAGAUUUUGGUGUGCUACUAAAGCAGGGGGCUGAAGGAAGGGUAUUUGUUUCUACAUUUGUUGGACGAAAAUGCGUAAUCAAAGAGCGCUUUUCAAAGAAGUACCGUCACCCAUUGCUGGACUCAAAGCUGACUCUAAAACGCUUAAAUGCUGAAGCUAGAUGCAUGACAAAAGCGAGGCGGCUUGGUGUUCCUACACCAGUUCUGUAUGCUGUGGACCCUCUUCAACAUACAUUAACCUUUGAGUAUGUGGAUGGCUUGUGCGUCAAAGAUAUUCUUCUUGGAUUUGGGUCAAAUGGGAUAAAUGAAGAACGUCUUAAUGACAUUGCCACACAGAUAGGUAAUGCAGUUGGCAAACUACACGAUGGAGGUCUUGUCCAUGGUGAUUUGACAACUUCAAAUAUGAUGAUCAAGAACAGCACCAAUCAACUGGUUCUUAUUGAUUUUGGUCUGAGCUUUACAUCAACUAUUCCCGAGGACAAGGCAGUGGACCUAUAUGUUCUUGAGAGAGCCUUGAUUUCCAUGCAUUCUUCAUGUGGGGAUGUGAUGGAGAAGAUCCUUGCAGCGUACCGAAAAGCUUCAAGGCAGUGGUGUGCCACUACGAACAAGCUAGCUCAAGUCAGGCAGCGGGGCAGAAAACGAACAAUGGUUGGGUAA